GACCUGGGAUAAGGAUGGUGGGUGCAAAGGCGGUCACAAGGCCCGGCACCUCCCUCCGCCUGGCACAGCAACGCAGUGGAGUCGGCAGUGUCAUAGUGAGUCCUCCCUCCUAUCAGGUGUCCUGCUGUGGGCCUGUUCCCUGUACCUGCUGCUGCCAUUCUAGGUGGCCCCCCCUCAUGGAAUCUCCUUGUAGCCGCCUGUUCUACAUCCUCCUCCAUGUGGGAACCUCAGCAGUCUGCUGCCUCCUGCUAUCAAGGACGGUAGUGGAAAGAGUCUGGGGCAAGGCACAUGGGAUCCAGAUGCCCUCAGGGGUGUGUGCCCAUCUGUUUGGCCACUCUCACUGCCCAGUGCUUAGUGGCUCUGGGGCUGUAUACCGAGUAUGUGCAGGAACUGCCACCUUCCACCUGCUGCAGGCUGUGCUGCUGGUCAAUCUCCACUCCCCCACCAGCCUGAGAGCACAGCUGCAUAACAGCUUCUGGCUCCUCAAGCUGCUGUUCCUGCUAGGUCUCUGUGCUGUUGCCUUCUGCAUCCCUGAUGAGCAUCUCUUCCCAGCCUGGCAUUACAUCGGCAUCUGUGGAGGUUUCACAUUCAUCCUGCUGCAGCUGGUGCUUAUUACAGCCUUUGCCCAUUCCUGGGACAAGAACUGGCAAACAGGUGCAGCCCAAGAUUGCCGCUGGUUCCUAGCUGUGCUGCUGACCACCCUAGGAUUCUACAGCAUGACAGGUGUAGCAGCUGUGCUCCUGUUCCGCCACUACACGCACCCAGCUGGCUGCCUGCUCAACAAGAUGCUGCUUAGUCUGCACCUUUGUUUCUGUGGCCUCCUCUCCUUCCUCUCCAUCUCUCCCUGCAUCCGCCUCAAGCAGCCCCGCUCUGGCCUUCUACAAGCCUCUAUCAUCAGCUGCUAUAUCAUGUACUUGACAUUCUCUGCACUGUCCAGCCGUCCUCCAGAGAGUGUAAUCCUUCAAGGACAGAAUCACACUCUGUGCCUGCCUGGCCUGAGUAGAAUGGAACCCCAAACACCAGAUACUUCUCUGGCAGUGCUGAGUGCUGGCAUCAUGUAUGCAUGUGUGCUUUUUGCUUGCAAUGAGGCUUCCUACCUGGCUGAGGUAUUUGGGCCCUUGUGGAUUGUCAGGGUUUACAGCUAUGAGUUCCAGAAGCCCUCACUCUGUUUCUGCUGCCCUGAAACAGUGGAGCCAGAGAAAGGGCAAAGAGGUGGGGCUGCCAGGCCAGCUAAUCAAGAGACCUCUCCAGCUCCUCCAGUGCAAGUCCAGCAGCUUUCCUAUAGCUAUUCUGCCUUCCACUUCGUCUUCUUCCUUGCAUCACUCUAUGUUAUGGUUACCCUCACCAACUGGUUCAGCUAUGAGGGAGCAGAACUGGAAAAGACCUUCACCACGGGUAGCUGGGCUACCUUCUGGGUCAAGGUUGCCUCAUGCUGGGCCUGUGUACUCCUCUAUCUGGGGCUGCUACUGGCACCAUUCUGUUGGUCCCCAACCCAGGACCCCCAGCCUCCUCAUAUCUCCAGGCGACACUGUCAUCGUGUUAGUAUUGCCGAAUAACAAAUAUCCAGUCUAGGUACUUUUAACAAACUGGGGUUCCCUUCAACUUGUACCCCUAGUCUUGACUCACAGGAGCUGUCCAGCCCAACAGAUACCUCAAGGACACAAUGGGUAGUUACCUCCCUUUAGGCUGAAGUCAACAGUAUGUCUGACUUGAAAAAAGUGGCCAUACACACCCUAAUGCCCUGGGCAGAGUAUCUGACACACUGUAGCUACUGCUACAUCUUCACCCCAGCUCAAGAGCUUGACUCCCAAGUCAGCAGCUCAGGAACCACUGCUGAUCCCAGCCGACAGUGUAGCACCAGCUCUUUCCUGGCUCUCAUGGUGGAGAUGGGGGCAGAGAAAGACCAACAGGGACUGAAGACUUACUUGGUUCUGUCCUUGGAGAUAAAAAGGAAAAU